CCGACAACCGCGUUAAGAUGAUGCCAAUUAAUUUAUUUGCCGCUAAUGUUCCGCGUCAAAGGAAAGAACUCCUUUUCUGGUUGGCGCUAGUUCUUUCCUUCAGAUUAAACUUCGCCAUGUCUAUCACCCAAAACUAUCAAGUGGAAUCCCUGGAUGACACCAGAAACGCGUUGAUGUCCUUCGCCUCUGGUUCCUCGAAACCUGGAGGAGCAACGGGUUCAAAACCAAGCAGACCAUCCAACUCCUUCUUGACAACAGUAGAUCAAAUUGAGAAAUCCGUUUAUGAUGCCCAGGCCAUGAAGUGGUAUUAUAGCCAAUCGACAACAAGGGCGAAAAAGAUCAAAGAUUAUAUCAAGCUGGCGUCCAAACGCGGUAAUACUCGAUUCAUUCAGCAACUGCUCGGUCAUGGUUUGUAUACAUCAAUUGAAAUCGAGAAAAGGAAAGCAACGACUCCUUCUCGGACGAGGCGCUGCACUCCGUGCGCAGAUGCAGUAAAGAAGUACUUGGAUACCAUCAAGAAAGAGGUCAAAUCAGACGUUUUUGAUAAGCUCCUCGCUGUGGUGGAUAAAGUAACCUUGAUGUUUGCUAUUGAUGAUACUGGAAGCAUGCACACUGAGAUUGUAGCUGCGAAAGCCAUCGCAGAAUAUAUCAUCAAAAAUCAGAGCAGACAGCAUACGAAACUAGACUAUGUGCUCUCCCCUUUUAACGACCCGACUACUGGACCAUUAACGAUUAUGGACGUUGGUAAAGGGAAUGAAUUCUCAAGUAAAAUUAAAAAUCUUAAACCACAUGGAGGAGGGGAUUGUCCUGAGUUGGCCUUCACAGGAAUGCAUGAUGCUCUAACUACCGGUUUUGCGCAGGAAAAAUCACCGCUUUACGUCUUCACUGAUGCCACAGCAAAAGACUCGUACAAGUAUGACCUAGUGAAAGUGGCAGCAAAUACGCUACGAUCUAGUGUUUAUUUCUUUACUACUGGACUUUGUGGUAAAAGCAAGUACGGUCCAUAUGACGAUCUUGCUCAAGCAACUUGCGGUCAAGUGUUCGAACUCCCUAAGUAUAGCUCUGACCUCGCAAAAAUGAAGAAAGUCACUAAGGUACUACUCGGGGCAGCACCUGUUCACUGCGAUACUACACGUAGUAUCUCCCCAUUCGGCAGGAAGAAAAGAAGUUUCUCAAUCCAUAAAAUACCUCUAGAUGACUCUAUGAACAAAGUGAUUGUCUCUGUCACGACCCAAAACAGACGACCAUCAAUCGUGUUGAGAGAUCCAGUAGGUGUUCCUGUUAGCAAAGGAAGAACGACUUACGUGACCAGAGGUGCGAUAUUUGUUGUAGAUCACCCUAAACCAGGGGUCUGGAAGUUAUCUGUAUCGCCUGGAGCAGGCAAGCACUCCUACGUGGUAAAAGCAUCCGGUACAGGAAACUUGGACUUUGACUUCAUCUUUGUCAAUCCUCGCGGUAGAAUGCCCCCUCUCCCAAUUCCCCAUCCCCUCAUCGGUCACUCCGCCCACGUCAUCUUGAUUGUGAGGGCAGCAGAUAAGAUCCGUGCAACUUCAUUAAAACUUGAAAUCCUGAGCAGAGAUAAAAAACUUCUAAACGUGAGCUCAAUCCAUUCCGUGGGGAAAAGUGGUGCCCAUUUCUCAGCUUCUUUCUCCACUCCCUCUGUUCCCUUCACAUUGAAACUGAAAGGCAAGACCAAAAAGAACUUCGACUUUGAGCGCGACUCCCCAAACAUCGUUCAACCAGGCCACGCCCUGCUUAGGGUUCUCUAUGCCAGACGUGAGUUUACUGUACCCAUUGGCGGAAAAGGAUUGGUGGUAUUCUUUGUAUACAACACAGCUCCGACUGAGAGUUUCCAUUUCCAAGUCAAAACCUCCAGGGUCUUUGAUUCUUCGGUUUCACGGUCCCGUGUCCGUGUUUACCAAAACCGGAUUGGCUUCUUCUACGCCUGGUUUACUGCAAAGUCCGGUGUCAUCGCUGGAACCGGAGAUGACGUAAUGGUGACCGCCACUGGGAUGACGUCCAAAGCGAUUGUCAGCUCCAUUGUUAGCCUGAUGGCGUAUUAGCUGCAUCGGGUACAUCAUGAGUCCUGCGUCAGUAAGAAAAUACUCCGGAUAUGGAUAAAAUGUUAUGAACUUUACGUUUCUGUGCUGGUUUUAAGGGUCUAAAGAAUUGUCUAGUAGUAUUCAGCUCUCCUUUGUAAGGUAUUUGAUGUAGAAACGUAAAAGGUUAACCAAAACUUUUGGUAGGAUAAAUGAGAAUAGUUUAUCGAUUUUUCUGGCUACGAGGAGUUUUGGAAUGUUUAUGUUGAUUAGCAAAGGUGGAAACAAUUGUAAGGGGGAUUUUACAUUGAUCACUAUACUUUCAGAGACCUUUUAACUUUCUGCCGGUGUCGGAAAUGAGCAGCUUUGCUUUAAAAGCUAUGACUUAAGAUUGCUGGUUUAUUUUAGAGUUCCGACACAAUUUCACUGGAAAGAGGAGAGGCUGAAAAUGUUUUUCUUUCAUGUGGGUGCUAUUUGCUUGGGAAUAAAAAUAUUCAAAACCA